CAUGUUGGGAAGGACCAUGCAGGACAUUGGUUCUUGGUUCAACCACUUGCUACUUGCUAGUAGGUUAUCUUGCCGCUAUUUCUGAAAAUAAUAACUUAAAAGUAAUUUCGGUUUAAUGAAAAUCGCCGAAUUUCUAUUUAUUCUUGAAAACCGAUUUUUUUGACGAUGCCUUCUAACGUGAUGAGCUCUUCUCUUUUUCAUGACAAAUCUAUUUCAACGGCUGAAAAGUAUCGAAAUUCAAUGAACGACGUUCCCAAGGCGAAGUUAGAAUUCAGUGAAAAGGUCUACAGCAUCGAGUUUUCGCCUUAUUUGUGGUGCCACGACUUGAUAUGCGUGGCACUCGCUUCAAAAAUCAUAGUCGGCCAGAUAAAGUUUAAGGAAGAGGAUGACUGCCAGAUUGAGGAAGUGAGCUACAGAAAGGUGGAGGAGUUGAGAGUAGAACAUAGGGUUCACAGAAUGUGCCUAAGUCCAGAGAGCAACAUCAAAAUUGCACCCAAAACAAUCAUUUUAGCGUUCACCAAUUCGAAAAAUCAGCUAAUCAUUGUCGCAUUUGACCAUGGUGCUGACAUUGAUAGAAUUAGUACAAAGGUUAUAAACAGCCACACAGGAUAUAUAAAUGGUAUAGAGUACGAUAAAGAAGGAAACUUUCUAGCAUCAUGCAGCGAUGACUUGUCAUGUAGAAUCUGGUCAGCCGCUAACUCCUAUGCGCCAAUUUAUAAAUUUUUUCUUUCUUCACCUGGGAUUGCAGUGAGCUGGCACAAAGACGAUUCUGCAAAAUUACUAGUGGCCGAAAAAUCCGGUGUUAUAACAUUACACAAUGUUACUACAAGACAGACAGUACUCUCUCUAAGGUCUCAAGCAAGCCCUUUGCUAUCGAUGGACUGGUCACCUACGAACACCGAUUAUAUUAGUGCAAUUUGUGGAGGCAAUCUAGUCCUUUGGUGCAUAAAUAGCCCUAGUGCCCCUCUUGUCGAUAGAACAGUUCACUCUGAAGGCGGUAUAAAAGUUAAAUUUUUCCCUUUGUGCGAAUCAAAACUUCUUACCUUGGGAUCACAUGAUAAUACAUUGAAGAUUCACCAAACAAGCCCGUCAGGCAUCUAUACCACUAAUAUCUCUUCUUCAUUAAAGAUGUGCACUGAGUUGACUUGCCAUCAUAACCUACCUUACAUCUGUACAGCAAGCGAUAAUUUUGUUACUAUUUGGAAGCUUCCUGUUUAGCAUUUAAAUGUGGAAGGAGUUUUGUUAUAAAUAUAUUUUUUUGUAUUUAAAUUUAUAAUAAAAAUGUAACGAAUAAAUUUUUGUAUUGUUGAAA